AUGGUGAACAUGAGACGACUCACCAUUAGCCACAAUGCUUACGUUCUUCUUAAGAUACAUCCUCAUAAAUUACAGCUCCACCAACAUUUCUUCCCUAGCAUCAGUGGGUUGUCCAAAGUUAGUAACUCAAGCACAUGCCUAACACAUUCUCUUGCCAUAUCAUCCCAGUGGGUUGAUGAGGCUAUAGUAAGCAGACUUGAAUCCAACUUGCAGCAACUAUGUUCUGGAACGUCGAAUCUUGUCAGGCAAGGGAAGCAAGUUCAUGCCCAGUGCGUACUCCAUGGAUUACUUGACAAUGGGCUGCUGGGGCCAAAGAUCUUGGGGAUGUAUGUUCUCUGUGACAGCUUCAGGGAUGCUGUCAAAAUGUUUUAUCAGGUCCCUUUACAUUAUACCAUGCCUUGGAAUUGGAUGAUCAGAGGACUUAAUAAGCUGGGUCGCUUUGAUUUGGCCUUACUAUUCUACUUCAAAAUGUGGACUUGUGGGGUUUCUCCUGAUAAAUACACAUUCCCUUCUGUAGUGAAAGCCUGUGGUGGGUUGAACAAUGUGGCACUGGGAAAGUUAAUUCAAGAUGAUGUUUUAGACAUGCGUUUUGAUCUGGAUAUGUACAUGGGUAGCGCGUUAGUAAAGCUGUAUGCUGAGAAUGGGCAUCUGCAGGAUGCUCGUCUACUGUUCGAUAGAAUGUCUAAAAAAGAUUGUGUUUUGUGGAACGUGAUGCUUAGCAGUUUCGCAAAAUAUGGGGAGUCGGGUAGCACACUGAAAGCAUUCAAUGAGAUGCGAAAUUCGGGAAUCAUACCAAAUGCAGUUACGUUUGCUUGCGUUCUUUCUGUCUGCUCAGCAGAUGCAAUGAUUCGAUUCGGCUCUUUGAUUCAUGGACUUGCUGUUACUUCUGGGUUACAGUUCGAUCCUCAUGUUGCAAAUACACUAGUCUCCAUGUAUUCUAAAUGCAGAUGGUUGGGUGAUGCACGCAAACUGUUUGAUAGAAUGUUGCAAACUGAUUUGGUUAAGUGGAACUGCAUGAUGGCUGGACUGGUGCAACAUGGGUUUAUGGAAGAUGCUUCAAAUUUGUUCAAGGAGAUGAUAUCUGCAGGCGUUAAACCAGAUGGACGGACAUUUGCAACUUUUCUUCCAUCAGUUACAGACUCCAUGAGUUUCUCGCUUGGAAAGGAAAUUCAUGGCUAUAUAAUUAGGCAUGGUAUAAGUUUGGACGUCUUCUUGAAAAGUGCACUUAUUGACAUUUACUGUAAGUGUAGGAAUGUGGAGAUGGCCUACAAGAUUUAUAGCCAAAGCAGCAGCAUCGAUCUGGUAAUGUCCACGGCUAUGAUCUCAGGGUAUGUGCUAAAUGGCAAGGCCAAUAGUGCUUUAGAAGUGUUUAGGUGGUUGCUACAGGAGAAAAUGAGUCCAAACUCUCUUACCAUGGCAAGCGUCUUACCUGCAUGUGCCAGCUUGGCAGCUCUGAAACUGGGCAAGGAACUGCAUGGCAAAAUCCUGAAGGAUGGGCUAGUAUUAGAAGGUAAUGUUCAUUUAGAAAGUGCUGUUAUGGACAUGUAUGCAAAAUGUGGAAGGUUGGAUCUUGCUCACCAAAUUUUCAGAAGAAUGCAUGUAAAGGAUGCUGUUUGUUGGAACUCCAUAAUCACUAGUUGUACCCAGAACAGCAAACCAGCAGAGGCCAUAGAACUGUUCCGGAAAAUGGGAAAGGAAGAAGGACUAACAUAUAACCGAGUGACCAUCUCUGCUGCUUUAUCUGCUUGCACAGACUUGUCCUCACUCCAAUAUGGGAAACAGAUACACACCGUUUUAGUCAAGAGCGCAGUUGAUUAUGAUGUGUUUGCCCAAAGUGCGUUGAUAGACAUGUAUGCCAAAUGUGGUAACUUGAAACUCGCUCGGUGCACGUUCGACAACAUGGAAAAUAAAAAUGAGGUUUCAUGGAAUAGCGUCAUUGCUGCUUAUGCUAACCACGGUUGCCUGGAUGAGACUCUUACUUUGUUCCAUGGGAUGUUGGAAACUGGAAUUCAUCCUGAUCAUGUCACAUUUCUUGCUGUAAUAUCUGCUUGUGCGCAUGCUGGCCAAGUAGAUGAUGGAAUUCGAUACUUCCAUUACAUGACUGAAGAAUUUAAGAUCUCUGCUAAGAUGGAACACUACGCUAGCUUAGUAGAUAUGUUUGGCCGUGCUGGUCAGUUGAAUGAAGCAUAUGGUGUCAUAAAGAGCAUGCCUUUCCAACCUGAUGCCGGUGUUUGGGGCACUUUGCUUGGUGCCUCCCGUGUCCAUGGCAAUGUUGAACUUGCUAAAGUGGCUUCAAGUUACCUGCUUGAGUUAGAUCCAAAUAAUUCGGGAUACUACGUACUCCUUGCAAAUGUUCAUGCUGAUGCCAGUCAAUGGAAAAGCAUGCGUAAAAUACGAACAAUGAUGAAAGAAAGAGGAGUUCAGAAAGUGCCUGGUUACAGUUGGGUUGAUGUCGACAAAAGCACUCAUAUGUUUGUUGCUGGUGACGGAAGCCACCCAGAGUCUGCCGAGAUUUAUUCAUUGCUGGAGAACCUCCUUAUUCCAGAGCUCAGAAGAGAGGGUUAUGUCCCUCACCCUUACAUUCCAGUGCAUCCCCAGACACAGUCCAAAGUUUGCAACUUGUUCACCGACUAUUUACUGGACGAACUAGCCUCUUGUGCCACUAUCUCCAGUUGUUGCUCAGUAUCUUCAUCCGCUUCUGUGAUUGGCUCUCGAGUCCAUGCUUCUCCUUCUUCAUUCAUUCCCCUGGGUCGUUCCUCUCGCCAUCUCAAUGCUUCCCCUCAUUUCAAUGCUUACUUGGCAGUAAAUGCAAUUAGGCCACGGAAGCUCUCUAUUGUUGCAGUUGCUCGAAGUGCAAUAACAUUGCCUAGCAAUUACAAGGGAGACAAAUCACCAUUGUCCAAUUCUUUGGAACCUGCUUCUAUGGUUUAUAAGCCUGAAACCGCGGGGGCCAGGAAGAAGAGCCUAAAGAAGUAUCGGUAUAUGAUGAAGGUUGAAUUCGUGGAAAGGGACAUUUCUACAGGCGUUGCCAGGAACGAGCAGAUAAUGAGGCUAUUGAUGAAGAUGUGCAGCGGCAUAAUGAGCUUCUGGCAGCUAUCAGGAAGGCGCCAGCUGAGCUUAGUGAGAUUAUUUCUAGGCGGCGGAUGGAUUUUUACUAAGAGAUUUUUUUGCGCGUUUAUAUACUGUGUGGUACAGUCAUAUAAAGUUGACAAAGCUGAACAGAAUGCCUCGGAAAAACUGGCAAUGACUGUAGCUGUUGUAAAAGCCUAUGAUAAUGCAACAGAGGAUAUUAAAGAAAUUUAUACCGCAGACCUGAAGUUGCAAAACAUUAUCGAUUCCCCUUCUUUAGAUGCUGCAUGCCGGAAAAUAGAUGAUUUUGGCACAAAAAAAAACAUAAGUCAACUGGAUUCAGCAUUGGUAUUGUUGCCCAGUGAAGCCUGGUGGGAUGCUAAGGAGACCAAUAUGACUAAAAAUGAGGUAUAACUGUCUUUUGCUACAGUGAAAGUCUCUUUCUGGUGUAUGCCUAUGAAGUUCCAACUGGAACAUUAUGCUUUGCUGAGCUGACAUGUUUGGCCGUGCUGGUAAGUUGAAUGAAAGCAUAUUGUGUCUGGGUGACAUUGCCUGGUGCCUCCCGCGUCCAUGGCAAUGUUGAACUUGCUAAAGUGGCUUAACAUUACAUGCUUGAGUUAGAUCCAACGAACAAACCCGGAUACUAUGUACUCCUUGCAAAUGUUCGUGUUGAUGGUAGUCAAUGAUAAAGCGCGCCUAAGAUAAGAACAAUUGAUGAAAGAAAGAGGAGUUCAGAAAGUGCCGGGUCACAGCUGGGUUGAUGUCGACAAAAGCGACUCAUAUGUUUGUUGCUUGUGAUGGAAGCCACCCCGAGUCUGCUGAGAUUUUCAUUGUUGGAGACUCUCCUUGUUCCAGAGCUCAGAAGAGAGGGUUACGUUAUCUCCAGGUGGUGGCUCUUUGAUGCAGAUUUGUUAUAGUCAAUGAUGCAUCAGGAUUAGGAAUUCAGAAUGCAGGUGAAUGUUGGUGUAGGCAUACGGAUUAGAAAUUUAGAAUGCAGGUUAACAAAAAAGAAAAUGAAUAACCUGCAUUUUGUUUGACGCAUCAGUCCUCAAUCGAUUCACACAUAAGCAGGUUGAUCCAUAACCCGACUAUUUUUCAAUCAAUAAACUCAUAACCCAAUUGACAUAUGACUUGUUGAACUCACAAUCCAAUUGUCCCGCAACCUGAAUGCUGAAUGAAUGUACCUGCCCCAGCUUUAGCUAACUUUGAGGGUGCACUCAUUUGGGAUCAUGUAAUUGGAUUAUGAUUUGAGACGAUUGAUGUUUUAGGCUUUUAGCCGCUUCUUUAACUUUGGUUUGAUGAGCUAAUGAUUUUA